UAAACGAGGAAGAGCCUAGACGAAGCGUUGUCAACAAGCUUGGUAGAAGAGCGGUCGUUAUCUUUUUGAAAACGAAUAUUUUCGAAUAUUUCCUUUAAAAAUGUACCGUCGAUGUACUCGUCAAAGCAUAAAAUAAUCGUGAGAGAAACCCGAACUCAAAUUGGCUGUGUUCAUUUCAGCAAUAAAGCAUUUGCUAAGUUAGCAUAGCAUAUACAUUCGAAAGAUGAGCCACGAUUGGAGCUACUAUGCUUUAAAAAUAUUUAUUUUGAGUCAUAGUGUUAUGCAGCAACCUAGGAGAUGAUGUCGACAUUCACGUUUAUUAUGUUCGAUAUAUGGUGCACAUCUGAAAUUGCUCACCGGCGUGUGCUCGCAGUUCAGUUAGUCGUCGCUGGGUUUCGCUGUUGGCCACGAUUAAAGCUGUAGCUGGAGAAUGUCCUCUGCCGGCAGAGACGAGCGCUUCUUCAUUGAAGCCCCUAGCGAUUCAGACGACGACGAGGAGGCCAGGUCGAUUUCAAGGAUGGAUGGUAGAGUCAAGGAAGAAGCUGCUCACCACGGGGAUGGAGGCUCAUCUCCCAUCAUUCUGGCUUUCUCUGAACACCGAAGCAGCAUGAUCCAGAGUUGCUCAGACUCGAUGGAGGAGGAGGACUGUGAGCAGUCUAUUGAAGAUUGGAUGAUCCUGGGACAAGGGGAGGAGGAGGGAGAUUCCUGCAUCCAAUUAAACAUCAGUUACCGGAACAGCAGCGAAGAAGACUCGGACAAUGAAGGUUUGAGUGAAGAUCCAUGGGUCGUUUCAGAGAUGGACAAGAACCCCAGUGGUCAGCAUCUGCGUGGCCGCUAUUUCAUGCCUGAUCACUUAUCGACGCUUUGCAGCCGACCUAAGACAAGUUACCUCACCAGAACACUCCAGAUUAAGAAAAGCCCCACAUGUGUCCUCUGUGGACUCCAAGGGCAUUUUCAAAGGACCUGCCCCAGUCGUCCCUGUCUCAGCUGUGGGCUGCCGGCUCACGGCCUCAAGGCUUGUGAUUCUCCCCCAGUUUGGCACCAGUAUUGCCAGCGCUGUGGGAUGACGGGGCACCUCGCAGAUGUUUGUCCUGACACAUGGAGACAAUACCACUUGACCGUCCGACCCGAGGUUCCACUCAGACCAGUGGCAGGUGACGCCCGUCGGCACAGUAAAAGACAGUGUUACAACUGUUCUGAACGUGGACAUUAUGGCCAUGAGUGCUCCAAGAGGAGAAUGAUGAGUGGUACGUUUCCCACUGUCCCUUACGUCUGUCUCUACGACACGCUGGAGGACGUCCUCUUGCGUCUCUCCAGGAUGCACAAAAGGCAAAAAGAACUUUCAAACUCUGGAAAGUCUUCAGACCAUUUGUCGGAUGAGACGGGGCAAAGUGAGGAGGACAACUUGGGGCGGAGCCGAAGGAGCAAACGUACCUGGAGCAGUCAAAGGAAGACCUGGCCUGACAGACGCAGAGAGAGACAGGAAGUGAAGAGGCUGCGGAGGGAGGCUCAGGCCCGUCGUCAAGGUGGACUCUUGCUCAGAGCUCAGAUGUAUCCCAACGAAGACGACUUCACCUCAUGCAGUUUCAAAACCAAAGAACAGGAGGCUAAAUCUCCGAAGAGGAAGGAAGAUGGAGGAGACAAGAACAGACGGAGAAGCGGAGAACGCUGGGCCAAAUCAAGAAGGAUCAAACGUGGUGAUUUGUACUCAUGCAGUAACCAUGAGAUCAACGGUAGAAACCUCGUCUCCCUGAAGCAAAGAGUUCGCCACCGCAGGAGAUAAACCUGGUUUUUGGCUGUGAUCGCAAGGAACAUUCUCCAUGUCCCAAUUCAUUUAUUGUCUGUCUCCUAAGUCGAUUUGGGCAGCACAUUUCAGUUUAGUUUCUUAUUUGAGUGAAUUUUUUAUGAGGUGGAUGAAGCACUAAAACACGGACCUCUCGUCGCCGUUCAUAUUUGUUUUCAUAAUAUGAUGCAAGUAGUGGAA